UCUUGUAUGCUGUGUGCAAGAAACUCACUUGAAAUUUACCAAUAUAGGGCAGGCCAAAUAAAAAGGAUGAAAAAAGAUAUAUUACACAAACAUUAAUGCAAGGAAAUCAAAAGUGUCUGUAUGUAUAUCAGCCAAAGCAAAGAAAAUUGCCAGAAACAGAGAGAUUAUAUAAUGAUCAAAGGUUUAAUCCAUGAAGAAGACAGCAAUUUUAAAAGUAUAUUCACCAAACAAUAGAGCUUCAAAAUAUGUGAUGUGAAAACUGCCAGAACCAAGGAGGGUCCGGCUCCGACCUGAGCUCUCUCAGGAUGUAAAGUGUAAAAAGGGGCUGGGGGUGGGUGGGGAGGGGCAGCAUGGGGCUGUGAGGCCUGUGGGGUGCCCGCGUUCCCCAACUCCCCCUGCAGCUGGCUCUGCAGUGGUCCGCUCCACUUGGUUGCCACGUGCGGAUUCGGGUUCCAGAACCAAGGCUGCGUGUUCUCCACCGCUUGUUGUGGCCAGUGUUACUGUGGUGACCCCAGAGCAGCCUUGGCUCUAUGAAGGAGCCAGACGCUACUCCUCAGCCCUAUUUGGGGCUGGUACUGGAGGAGCUACGCAGCCUUGUGGCAGCACUGCCUGAAAGUAGGAGACCAGAUUCGAAUCCUUAUGGUUUUCCAUGGGACUUGGUGGUAUGUGCAGCUGUUAUUGGAUUUUUUGCUGUUCUCCUUUUUUUGUGGAGAAGUUUUAGAUCAGUUAGGAGUCGGCUUUAUGUGGGAAGAGAAAAAAAACUUGCUGCAACGCUUUCUGGACUAAUUGAAGAAAAAUGUAAAAUACUUGAAAAAUUUAACCUUAUUCAAAAAGAGUAUGAAGGCUAUGAAGUAGAGUCAUCUUUAGAGGAUGCCAGCUUUGAGAAGGCGGCAGCAGAAGCACGAAGUUUGGAGGCAGCCUGUGAAAAGCUGAACAGGUCCAAUUCUGAACUUAAGGAUGAAAUCCUCUGUCUAGAGAAAAAGUUCAAAGAAGAGAAAUCUAAACAUUCUCAACAAGAUGAAUUGAUGGCAGAUAUUUCAAAAAGGAUACGGUCUCUAGAAGAUGAGUCAAAAUCCCUCAAAUCACAAAUAGCUGAAGCCAAAAUCAUCUGCAAGAUAUUUAACAUGAAUGAAGAACGACAGGAGAUAGCAAUAAAAGAUGCUUUGAAUGAAAAUUCUCAACUUCAGGAAAGCCAGAAGCAGCUUUUGCAAGAAGCUGAAGUAUGGAAAGAACAAGUGAAUGAACUUAAUAAACAGAAAAUAACAUUUGAAGACUCCAAAGUACACGCAGAACAAGUUCUAAAUGAUAAAGAAAAUCACAUCAAGACUCUGACUGAAUGCUUGCUGAAGAUGAAAGAUCCGGCUGCUGUGCUUGGAGAGGACAUAAUGGAUGAUGAUAACUUGGAAUUAGAACUGAACGGCGAAGUGGAAAAUGGCGCUUACUUAGAUGGUCCUCCAAAAGGAGCUUUGAAGAAACUGAUUCAUGCUACUAAGUUAAAUGUUUCUUUAAAAACCUCAGAAGGAGAAAGAAACCACAUUAUUAUUCAGUUAUCUGAAGUUGACAAAACAAAGGAAGAGCUUACAGAGCAUAUUAAAAAUCUUCAGACUCAACACACAUCUUUGCAGUCAGAAAACAUGUAUUUUGAAAGUGAGAAUCAGAAACUUCAACAGAAACUUAAAAUAAUGACUGAAUUAUAUCAAGAAAAUGAAAUGAAACUCCACAAGAAAUUGACAGUAGAGGAAAAUUACUGGAUAGAGGAAGAAGAGAAACUUUCUAAAGUGGAAAAAAAGAUCAGCCAUACCACUGAAGGAUUGGAGACCUAUAGAAAGCUAGCCAAAGAUCUUGAAGAAGAAUUGGAGAGAACUAUUAAUUUUUAUCAAAGGCAGGUUGUUUCCUACGAGAAAAAAGGACAUGAUAAUUGGUUGGCAGCUCAGACUGCUGAAAGAAACCUCAAUGAUUUAAGGAAAGAAAAUGCUCACAACAGACAAAAAUUAACUGAAAAAGAGUUUAAAUUUGAACUUUUAGAAAAAGAUCCUUGUGCACCUGAUGUUUCAAAAACAGCAUUUGGCAAAGAGCAUUCCCCAUAUGGUCCCUCACCAUUGGGUCGGCCUUCAUCUGAAAUGAGAGCUUUUCUCUCUCCUAAAACUUUGUUGGAGGGUCCACUCAGACUCUCACCUGUGCUUCUUGAGGGAGGAGGAAGAGGCCCAAGAGGCCCAGGGAAUCCUCUGGACCAUCAGAUUACCAAUGAAAGAGGAGAUCCAAGCUAUGAUAUGUUAACUGAUCCUCACAGGGCUCCUUCUGACACUGGGUCCCUGUCAUCUCCGUGGGAACAGGACCGUAGGAUGAUGUUUGCUCCACCAGGACAAUCAUAUCCUGAUUCAACUCCUCCUCCACAAAGGGAAGACAGAUUUUAUUCUAAUUCUGAUAGACUGUCUGGGCCAGCAGAACUCAGAGGUGUUAAUAUGCCUUCUUUGGAUAAAAUGGAUGGGUCAAUGCCUUCCGAAAUGGAAUCCAGUAGAAAUGAUGCCAAAGAUGAUCCUGGUAAUUUAAAUGUGCCUGAUUCAUCUCUCGCUGCUGAAAAUGAAGCAACUGGUACCAGCUUUGUUCCUCCACCUCUAGCUCCAAUCAGAGGUCCAUUGUUUCCAGUGAAUACAAGGGGCCUGUUCAUGAGAAGAGGACCUCCUUUCCCCCCACCUCCUCCGGGAACCAUGUUCGGAGUUUCUCGCGGUUACUAUCCACCAAAGGAUUUCCCAGGUCCACCACAUGCUCCAUUUGCGAUGAGAAACAUCUAUCCACCGAGGGGUUUUCCUCCUUACCUUCACCCAAGACCUGGAUUUUACCCCACCCCCACAUUCUGAGGGUAGAAGCGAGUUCCCUUCAGGUUGAUUCUGCCUUCAAAGAAGCCUGCUACUGAACAUCCAGAACCACAGCAAGAAACCUGACAAUAUUUUUGCUCUCUUCAAAAGUAAUUUAGACUGAUCUCAUUUUCAGUUUAAGUAACUGCUGUUACUUAAGUGAUUACACUUUUCUCAAAUUGAAGUUUAAUGGCAUUAUAGUUCUUAGGAUAGUAUUUUGAAAAUAAAGAUGAUUUAAAUACAAAU